UGAGUGGACAGUCAGUGUGAGGAGAGACUUUCAGGGUGGAUCCGUGAGAAGCCGUCCUCUUUUUCUACAUCAGCGACUGUGCCACAAUGUCCAAACCGAAGUUUCAGUCUGAUUGGGAGGAAAUUGAUGUGGAAUAUCAACAAUUACAGGAAACCCACAAAGUCUACCGACAAAAACUUGAGGAGCUCACCAAUCUUCAGGCCACCUGCAGCAGUUCGAUCAGUAAACAGAGAAAAGGCCUCAAGGACCUACGGAACAGCUUGAAGAAAUGUGCCAAAACAUGUGAUGAAAAAGACUUGGAGCUUAUAACGGACAUCAAAACACAAAUCAAAGAAAAAGAAAAUGUCUUCUUUGAUAUGGAAGCUUAUUUACCAAAGAGAAACGGACUUUACCUGAAUUUGGUCCUGGGUAACGUGAACGUAACUCUUCUCAGCAACCAGACAAAAUUUGCAUACAAAGACGAGUACGAGAAGUUUAAGCUUUAUAUGACAAUAAUCCUGAUGUUUGGAGCAAUAACCUGCCUCUUCUUUCUCAACUAUCGAGUCACUGAUGAAAUUUUCAACUUUUUGCUCGUGUGGUACUACUGUACGCUGACCAUAAGGGAAAGCAUCCUCAUGAGUAACGGCUCCAGGAUCAAAGGUUGGUGGGUGUCUCACCAUUAUGUGUCGACCUUUCUGUCAGGGGUGAUGCUCACCUGGCCGGAGGGGCCCAUGUAUCAGAUGUUCAGAAGCCAGUUUCUCGCUUUCUCCAUAUAUCAAAGCUUUGUUCAGUUCCUGCAGUAUUACUACCAGAGCGGCUGCUUAUACAGGCUCCGGGCUCUGGGAGAGAGAAAUCAGCUGGACCUCACAGUGGAGGGGUUUCAGUCCUGGAUGUGGAGAGGCCUCACCUUUCUUUUGCCAUUUCUCUUCUUUGGUCAUUUUUGGCAGCUGUACAACUCGGUGACCCUGUUUCGCUUGGCAGGACAUGAGGACUGUAAGGAGUGGCAGAUAUUUAUGCUGGCGCUGACAUUUCUUGUCCUAUUCCUGGGGAAUUUCCUCACCACGUUAAAAGUCGUCCACCAAAAGAUUCUGAAAAACCAGGGUAAAGUGCAAAAAGACGACUGAGAACAAAGCUCAGAGACACACCUCAGAUUCUUAAAAAAACGGCCAGUAAUUUUCACCAACGCACACGACCGCUAAACAGACUUGACCACGGUGUGAGCAGGCCCGGGAGAAGAUGAUGCUUGAAGCCACUCUUCCUCUCAGGCUUCGAUGAUGGCAGCGGCGUCCAGCCAAAGUUUCUGGCCUAAAGGCUUUUUAUUUUUAUUUUAUUUUGCUUCUAAUGAUCUGCCGUCAAUGUUGCUGCGCAGCCGGGUCACAACACACAAAGUGGCGUCUCUGUGCUAGAUGAACAGUUUGUCGCUUUUCUCCUGUACAUUGAGGAAAGAAUGUGUUUCUUUUGGGUGUUUGUGUCCGUGCAUGAAUAUGUCAGAGAGCCUUCGUUCAGAUCAUUAUGCAAACUAAAGAGAGCAGGUAGCAACAACAAGUGUCAGAGCAGAACAUUGGUUUGCCUUUUGAAGACCUAAAGUCUGUCGUGUACAUUCUUCAUACUUCUGUGAAGUAGUGAUGGUCAAACCGUCUCUGGCUUGAACAAAGCUGUUCAACUUGGCAACCGCAAGUAUACCACUUUUUAUGUGUAGUCCUCAAAUUCCUCGUGUGCUAUUUCACUGCUAACCAGUAUUUUAACUGGACUUACAUCAAGUGUAGGUCCACAACUUCACAAAAACAUACAUGUGAUACUUUACUGCCCAAAAUGACACUUUUCUGAAGAAGAAGAAAAAAAACCCUUUGGUGUAUUUUUUGUAUAUCUGUAGCUCUGUUUUUGUUGUUUACUAGUUCUUCAAAAGAGUCCAACUACAACACAGUUUAUCCCUUCAGGCAGCGGUUACAAAAGCCAUAAAUUUUUCUCUUUUUUUUUUAAUAUAGUAUGACCUAAUGCCUAAACUGGGUUAGCUAGCUCAGUCACAUGAACACAUGACACAUGAAAGCUCGUACUGGCUCAACGGAAAGUGAUUGAAGAUAAAGGAGUUCUUCUUGUGAGCUCAUCCCCAACUAUUACACUCUUGUGUUGUCACGAACAUAAUGCUAGCUAAUUCAUUUAAAAAAAAAAAAACAAAUGUAGGUUUACAAAAUGUUUCAUGGUUAAGAGUUGCUUGUCAAAGAUUUUUUUUUUACGAAAAGGGACAUGAGACGUUCAGCUUUGAUUCACUUAGUUUUGGGUUUUUCAUUACUGUGCUGAGAAAUCAAAAUGUAUUUCUUCCUUUCUAGUCCUAUGGUGUUGUAGAAAUGAUCAAAUGCUGCUAGUAAUGAUUUAAUAAAAGUUACUAACUAAUGGCCAAAUCUUAAAAAACUGUUACUCUUGUUCACUGUAGGGGGGGAGGGGGUUCUCCUUUGGUCCAUGUUUCAUGUUACACAUUGGUUCUUGUUUGUUUUUGAAGCAACGGUUCAGCUGACUUCAAACUAAUGUUUUUUUGUCGUCUGCUUUAUCCCUUCAACCUGUCGUGGCAAAAAAUUCUGUCUUUAGACAAAUCAAAAAGAAGUAGCAUUAUGAUAUGUUUGUCGGGCCCCACAAAGCAAUCAUGCAGAAGAGAAUCAGUUUUCACUUUAAUUUAGGGGGAAUAUUGGAUCACGUGGAGUCACCAGAAUAUUACAUUUGAUACCAGAGCUGAAUGCACUUAACAGUUUGUUUCUCUCCUUUUAAUGAUGUAGCUUGAUGUUUAACAUGUUUUCCAUGGAUCAAUCCAACAAUGUAAACUGGUUCCUGAGUCUGAUCAGCACCCUGAGACAGUUGACAGAUUCUUCAUCUGUGUACGUUACUGUGAAAGAAUAGAUAAUUAAACACAAAAUGAAAAAUAA